AAGACCGAGAGAUCUGGAUUUGAUCGGUCUGGGGUUCCAUUAAGGAAGAAGAGAGCAGAGAUUUCCGUUGGGAUCCAUCGCCACCACGCAAUCAAGAAAAAGAAGAAAGCCGAGUAUUCCGAUGGGAUCCACGGCGACUGCGCAAACAACUGAUUACGAUGUCUUCCUCAGUUUCAGUGGCGAAGACACUCGCAGGAAUUUCGCAGACCAACUACGUGCUGCUCUGAGUAACCGAGGAGUCGUCGUAUUUGGAGAUGAUGAACUUUAUCGGGGAAUUAAAAGUUCAAAAAUUUCAAUUGUCAUUCUUUCAAGAAAGUAUGCCAGGUCAACAUGGUGCUUGGAUGAGCUUCAGCAAAUUAUGGAAUGCAAGGAAGUGGCUCGCCAGAUAGUUUUGCCUGUCUUCUAUGAUGUGAGCCCAUCCGAGGUACGAAAACAGACAGGCGAUUUCGGUGACUUUUUUGCCGAGCAUGAAGGACGUUUCAAAGACAAUAUCGACAAAGUGCGCGCCUGGAGGGAUGCUCUUCGUCAAUUAGCCAAUCUGUCUGGAUUUGACCUAUACAAGGACGAGGAUGGGUACGAGGCACAAUUUAUCCAACGAAUUGUUCAAUGGGUUUUGAAUACAUUGCAAACUGUGCCAUCUUAUCUUGAGGACAUAGUGGGAAUUGAGUCAAGAGUAGAGGAACUAAAUAGGCUUUUGGACAACAAAUCUAAUGAUGUUCGCUUCAUAGGGAUAUGCGGAAUGGGUGGGAUAGGCAAGACAACUAUCGCCAGAGUGAUUUUUGACAACAUUUCCAAUGAAUUUGAAAUUUUCACCUGGAUUACUUGUCGGGUAAGUCAAACACCACAGGGUGAUCUGCAACUGCAAAAGAAACUUCUUUACGAGGCUUUGAGGCAAGACAUAGAUGUUCCAAAUGUUAACGAGGGAGCCAUAAUGAUAAAGAACAUUCUAUGUAAGAGAAAGGUUCUUCUCAUUUUAGACAAUGUUGUCAACUUAGGCCAACUGAAAUCAUUGGCUGGAAACAAAGAAUGGUUUGGUUUGGGGAGCAGAGUCAUCAUUACGACUAGAGAUGUGAAUUUGCUAGGAGAGCAUGGUGUAGAUAGCAAAUAUAAAGUUGACUUAUUAAGUGAGAAUGAGGCUUUGCAGCUCCUCAAGAAGAUCGCCUUUAAAAAUGAUGAAUUUCGAGAAGAUUAUUUGGAGCUGUCUACACGGUUGGUUCAUAAAGCUGGAUACCUUCCUUUAGCACUCAAGACUGUGGGAUCCUAUUUGCUCCACAAAAGUCAGGAAGAGUGGCAUAAUGCAUUGGAAAAACUGGAGUCUGUUCCUACUGGAAGAAUUUCUGAAAUGCUUGAAACAAGUUAUCAUGCACUGCCGGACGACGAGAAAAGAAUAUUUCUAGAUAUUGCUUGUUUCUUUCGAGGAAUGGACAAGGAACGAGUGGUAGAGAUACUAGAUUAUUUUGGAUUUAAUGCGAUGGUUGGGAUGGAAGUUCUCGUUGAGAGAUCUCUCGUAACUAUUUCAAAUAACAAAGUGUUGAUGCAUGACUUGAUACAAGAAAUGGGACAACAAAUUGUACGCAAAGACUCUGUUGUGGAUCCGGGAGAGCAAAGCAGGUUGUGGCUUCAUGAGGAUGUCAUUCAUGUAUUGAGGAACAAUACAGGAACAAAUGUGGUUGAAGGUAUAGCCUUAGACUUGCCUAAAUUAGAAGAGGCAUGCCGGGACUUGGAGGCCUUCUCAACGAUGCAUAAUCUCAGAUUUCUCCGAAUUCAUAAUUUGCGAAUGGCCCAAGGGCCAAAAAAACUUUCUAAUGCCUUAAAGUUUCUUGAAUGGAGUGGGUAUCCUUCAAAACUUCUCCCACCAGAAUUUGAAUUUGAGCAACUUUGUGAAGUUAACUUGUCCCAUAGCAGCGUUGGACAACUUUGGAAUAGAACAAAGUGCUUAGGCAAUCUGAAAUUCGUCAAUGUUAGCUACUCCCAGAACCUGACCAGGACCCCGGACUUUACGGUUACUCCAAAUCUUCAUAGAUUAAUUCUUGAAGGCUGUACAAACUUGGUGAUGAUCCACCCAUCCAUUGCUGAGCUCAAAAGGCUUAUUUUCUUAAAUCUUAAAGACUGCAGAAGUCUUAAACGCCUUCCCAAAUGUUUUGAAAUGGAAAGUCUUCAAAUUCUUAUUCUUUCUGGUUGUUCAAAAAUUAAUAAAGUUCCAGAAUUUGUGAGACCUAUGGAAAACUUGUUGGAACUUUAUUUAGAUAAGACUGCUGUAGAACAAUUACCUUCUUCAAUCGAAUGUCUGACUGGCCUUACUGUAUUAAACCUGAGAGAUUGCAGAAAUCUCAGUUCCCUUGCAAGCAGUACUUGCCAGUUGCGUUCCCUCAAAAGUCUCAAUCUCAGUGGAUGCUCAAAGCUUGAAGAACUGCCAAAAAACUUGGGAAAGAUGGUUUGUUUGAAGGAGCUUGAUGUGGGCGGUACCUCUAUUAAUGAUCUACCAUCCUCCAUUUCCCGCCUGGAAAAUCUUGAAUUGUUAUCCCUUUGUGGUUGCAAAUCGAUGCGAAGAAAGAAGACAAGUCCAAUGAGUUUGCUGUUGCCGACCACUGAUUCUGGUUUGCUUUCUUUAACAGUACUGAAUCUCAGUGACUGUAAUCUUGAGGAGGUAACAAUCCUGGAAAAUCUUGGCUGCUUGUCCUCAAUAGUAUCACUUAAUCUAAGUAAAAACAGUUUUGUUAGUCUUCCCAAGAGCAUCACAGAGCUGUCUAAGCUUCAGAUUUUGAAUUUGGGUGGUUGUAAGAGUCUUAAAAAAUUGCCGGACAUUUCAGCAGAAUUGAACUUCAGUGUUGAGGGAAAAGGCAGUUAUUCACAGGAAAGGCUGUCAUCAUGUUUCAGUUUUAUUAAUUGCUUUGAAGUGGUUGACGACCAAGGCUGCAACAAAGUAGCAUUUGCAGCGUUAAGGAGAUUCCUUGAGGGAAUCCCUUACAUAGGGAAUAAAUUUGAAGCUAUAUAUCCAGGCAGUGAAAUUUCUGAGUGGUUUAGUGAUCAAAGUGAGAGGCCUGUGGUAAGCAUGGAGCUCCCUCGACACUGGUAUAAGAACGAGUGGAUUGGAUAUGCAUUGUGUGCUGUUUUCACUGUCCAUCGACAACUCCCACCUAAUCUGCUUGGUAAAUGGAACUACGGAACCCAUACCACUGCACAUGGUCUUCGUUGCGAAGUGAAGCCUGGGAAUUUGGGUGUAGGUGGCUGGUGUCCUUCCUUCGCCUGCAGUGAAGAAUUAGGGCAAAUUGAGAAAGAGCACCUUUGGAUAUCCUUUGUAUCUGGUGAACACUUUGGUACAACAUGGCAAGACAGUUGUCAUCACCUUGAGUUCACAUUUAAAACCUUGGGCUCUGGUUUGGAGGUGAAGAGGUGCGGAGUCCGUCUCAUCUACGAGAGAGAUUUGGUUGGAUCAAAGCAACCUUUUUGACCAAACAUCGCUUGUGCGCAAUCAUGAAUUUGACUAUCCCUUCAUCUAGAGGAAACAAGCAAAACAAGCAACUCCAGUGAGUACGAUGCAGUCUCAAAGAACAUCUGUUUAUCCAAGGAAGCUGGAAACCGGUUAUGAGAUGAGGUACUUUCUUUACCUGGUAAAUGAACUACGCAAAUAGGACGUGUCUUUUUUUAACUCAUGUAUAUUAUCUGAAUCGACGUCAUGCACAAUUUUAUUAUAGUUGUUUCUUUUUUCUGAGUGAAAUGCUUGAAAGGCGUUAUGGUAAUUAACAAUGCAUCCGUGAGAAUCAGAUUCAACUGUAUUUGUUUAAUGAGUGUGAAUUGCAUUGGAAUGAUCUGUCUGUACUUCUUGCUUAGACCUUAUGCAUCUGAAUUCAGUCCUCAAUGAUAUCCAAAUUGAUAAAUUGCUCAUCAUCUAGACGCCUAACGUUGACCAUAAAAAAAUAUGGACCCCAAAAUUAGAGGGGUAUUUGAAUCAUCAAAAACUUUGACGGGGCAGUGGUGCAAUGCCCUUCCUUUUAAUUCAGAUUUUCUGAAGGAACCCAUGUUAGGCUACAUACAGGUUUCUGGGAAAGUUGGAGUAAGGGGUUGUACAUUGAAGAAUGUAAUUGAUAGGCUAAAACUAUGAGUGAGUUUGUUGUUUCUAGUAAAGGCGAUUUUAAAAGAUUCAAAAGAUAUGAUGCCACUUAAUAUGGUCUAAUAAUAUUCCUCUUCACUGUCU